CGGGCGGGGCGCGGGCGGUGUCUCCCCCCGGCCGGGGCGGCGGUUGGUUUCUCCUGUCGGCGGAGGCAGGGCCAGGCGCGGAGUUGGCGGCCGGUGGUUGCGCGCUCCGGCGGAGUUUGCUCCGGGCGCGCCGAGGGAGCGGCGGCGGCGGGAGGUCUCGCUGCGGGAGCCAGCCCCGGAGGGGAAGCGCCUACCCCCGGAGACAGGGCUGCCCGGAGCGGGCAGGAGUCGCCCCCCGCCUCGCCUCGCCUCGCCGCGCCUCGCCUCGCCGCGCCGCCCAAAGCCGAAGGCGCCCGGAGGGGGAAAGUUGUGCUCGGGGCCGGGCCGGGCGCGAUGCCGGGGCGCGGCGCCCUCCGCCUGGGGCUGCUGCUGCACGUCCUGCUGGGCUGCGGCUCGGCGAAGCAGCCCGACAGCUGCCGGGCCCUCUGCGAGUGCUCGGAGCCGGCCAAGACGGUGAAGUGCGUGAGCAAGAACCUGACGGCGGUGCCGCCCGACCUGCCGCCCUACGUGCGCAGCCUCUUCCUCACCGGCAACCGCCUGGCCCGGCUGCCGGCCGGCGCCUUCCCCGCCCAGCGCCUGCCCGACCUCCGCGCCCUCAACCUCAGCGGCAACCACCUGCGGGCGGUGGAGGCCGGCGCCCUGGCUGGCCUGCCCGCCCUGCGGCAGCUGGACCUCAGCGGCAACCCCCUGGUCUCCCUCAGCCCGCAGGCUUUCGGGGAGGGCGGCAGCCCGCUGGAGGAGCUGGCCCUCCGCGGGGCCCUGCGCGACCACGGCGUCCUCCUCAGCCUGGCCGCCAUGCUGCAGGCCGGGGCCCUGCGCAACCUCAGCCGCCUGGAGCUGGCUGACAACGGGCUGCUGCUGCUGCCCGCCGGCGUGUUCCCUGCCCUGCUCGCCCUGAGGCAGCUGGACCUCGGCAACAGCUCCCUGGUGGGCCUGCGAAACGUCUCCUUCCAGGGGCUGGGCCAGCUGCAGAGCCUCAACCUCAGCGACAGCUCCCUGGGCACGCUGCGGAACGGCACCCUGGCCCGCUUCCACGGCCUGCCCGCCCUCCGGCGCGUCGGCCUGGGCCGCGACACCUGGGUCUGUGACUGCACCGUCGAGGACCUGGUGGCCUGGCUCAAGGAGAGCGACCAGGUGGAGGGUAGAGAAGCCCUGACCUGUGCCUACCCCGACAAGACGCUGGGCAAAGCCCUGCUGAAGAUCAAUGGCUCGGACCUGAACUGCUCUGUGCCUGUAGACCUGCCUUCCCAGCUACAGACUUCGUACGUCUUCCUGGGGAUAGUCUUGGCUCUCAUCGGGGCCAUUUUCCUCCUGGUUUUGUACUUGAACCGAAAAGGAAUCAAAAAGUGGAUGCACAACAUCAGAGAUGCCUGUAGGGAUCACAUGGAGGGCUACCACUACAGAUACGAGAUCAAUGCAGACCCCAGGUUAACAAACCUCAGCUCCAACUCGGACGUCUGACAAAGCGCCGCGGCCGUGGGGCAGCGCACAGUAGCUAUGCAUGAAAAGUAGACUUACGCUUUACCCUCGUGCUUGCUUCCCUCUCCCCAGAGAAAAAUCUCAGACGUGCUUGUAACUUGAGGGGGAUAUGCCUCCCUGUGAUGUCAAGUUCGUUUUCGUUCUGAGACGCUGGGCAGCUGCGCAUGGCAUUGGGCUGUAUGUAGGAAACAAGCUGCUACUUCUUUUCCUCCUUACCUGUCUGUACUUGUGGGAAAUUAUUUUCAAGAUCGCAAAAGAAAAAAUGGAUUCUCUCUCAUGCUCCAAAGCCAACAGAGUUUAUAAAAAAAAUUUACCGAUGCAGAUACCAUUCAACUAAAGCUGCCUCAACUUUUUGGGGAAAAAAAUGUUAUGUUCCUCUUUGCCAGUUUUGAUCUUGUAUACCCGAGUUGUGAUGACAAUGAUUCCAUUUCAUAGACUACCUUGAGAUUUACAAAAAACAAACUCUUUUAACAACUCCUCUGUUACAAAAAAGGAAGUCUAAUAGUGAGCAUGCACAGAUACUUUAUAGUUUCACAUUUUAGGAAACUUACAAUCUCAGUAAGUCUCUUACUUUUUUGUAAAGUUAUUUUUGAUUGCAGUUUACAUGAAAAGAGAGGGGUUUUAUAUAAACUGCAUCUAAACUGUUAAAUUCAAUAAACAGUCUUACGAGAACUGUUGUGUUGAAGUUUACUGUUCGAUGAGAAAUGUAUGGACAUCUAAGAAUGUGGAUAACUGAAGUAAUAGCCCUGCAGUAGUAAGAUGAAUACAAUUGUAUACAAAUGUGUAGCUUAGAGACAUAAAUGUUUGACAAUUUUGUGAAAUAUGCUAGGAGAAUUACACCGAUGAACGACGAGAGCAGUUCCACUUGGCAAAAAAAAAAAAAACCUCCGGUUUGCUCUCUCAGAACAACUGCAAAACGUCGAGACGGCUACUAGGGGUGCACCUUGCCGGGAAGGUACAAGCUGAUAGAAUUUUCAUAAGGUCUUCUCUGCCAUGUUAAAAAAAAAAAAAAAAAAAAAAACAGAACAAAAAAGCAAUUCAGAUUAAAUUGUGGAGUUUCUAAGCUAAAGAAAAUUUUACCUGAAUGGAAUUGUUUAUGAUUAAAAAUAACAGACAACUUUCAUGGCCUGAACUAAAUUAAAUGCAGCUCAGUCGUGUAGUUGCUGAGCUUUGGGCUUGUAAAUCAAUGUAGCACUUAUUAAGCGCUGUUUCAUUUUAACCUCUUAGUACUCAUGAAGUUCGGUAGUGAUCCACAUCAAGAAACUUGAUGGAACUUUACAUUUAUCUCAAAGCUUUUAACAGGUGCAUUUCAGUAUUGUAUGUUACUCAUGCUUAUUACUUGCUUGGGAAUGUAUUUUCUUGUAAAUAGAUAAAGCAUGCAAAGAAAAGCUUCAAAAGUGCAUCAUUUUAUAUGCAACUGAUGACAUAUGAAAAGGUUAUCAAGAAAUUUCCAAUGGCCACCAAUAACGAAUGCACUUUUCCUAUUCCAUUUAUAGAUUCUUAAUGAAAAAAACACACCAACUGUAAAAGUGUGAUGUGAAUUGUCUAUCAGUGAAGCUUUUUCCAUGGUCACUGUUACUUGAAGCUCUUGAACAUCGCUAAAAUUUUAUGAAUUACUGGAUAAUUCCCUUCACUUUCAAAAAUGACAGUUUUCUCAUAGAUAUACGUCUUUGAUAGGAGCUCAUAAAUAUAAAAUAGUCCUUAAAGUAUCAGAAGAAAUGUAAUCUAUUUUGGGCAUCAGUAUUAUUCAAAUGCAUUUUUAUCUCCUUGCAACUUCAGACAAAGCAAGUAGCACAAGCUGGUUCACACUAAUUUUUUAUUGCUUUAAAUUGGCUUUAUUUACUAGCAGUCUUUUUUUUUUUUCCGUAAUGGAGCUUGGUACAUUUGCCCUCAAAAAAAAAGAAUUAAAUACAACUCAUGUUUUGAUAAAUCUGUAUUUUACAGUUAACGUAAGUUAAGUGACAGCCUCUUUCUCCUGCUGUAAUUUAAAUGUAUGAGCAAUAUCAGAUUAACAGUAUAUGAAUUAGGUUUGUGGAUUCUUAAAAAGCAGACUUCUGGUCUGAAUGUUAGCUGCCCAUAUUUUAAGAAUAGUGUAAAAACCCCGGUGUGAAUAACUAUUACUGUGCAACUAUGCAAACUGUUCAUACUAUGUAUACAUAAGAUAGUUUAUGUAAGAAGCUAGAAUUUACAGUAGCUAUGCAGUGUGCUUUGUUGUAUUGGUCAUUUCAGAGAUUAUCAAUUUACACUUAGUUGUACAGUGCCAAGAGGAGUAGAGCGUCAUCCUUGCUUAAGAUGCUCCUGUCAUAUAAUAGAAAAAAAAAUACGUACAAACCAAGCCAUUUCUCAGGCAAUUUCUUGGGUUUUGUUAACAGAUACUUUAAAGUAACUACAGUAAAAGCAAUUAUCUGUGAUGUGUUAAUGUAACAGCCAUGCAUUUAUAGAGCUGCUGUGUAAGGAUAGGCAACGACUUUAAUCGCAGUCUCUCAACAACAGACUGAGUAUUUGUAUAGUGAGCAAGUGUAACUGUUGUACUAUACCUAUUAUUCUAAAGAUUAUUAUUAUUAUUAUUAUUAUUGUUAUUUUUGUAUCAUAAAAAGUCAGUGUAAUAGAAUUUUAUUAGAGACCUGCUGAUGGCUACUUUAAAAUAAUUUUUUUCCAUUUGCUUACAUGUGUAUUUAUUAGGAUGUAACACUUAGCAUGUGUCAGUAUUGUCUUGGACAAUGUUCUUCUACAGUGUUUGAGCAACAGUGAAUGCUUUGGUGUUUUGUACAAUGCAUUAUUCGAUCUUAAAUCCCCUUCUGUAAACAGUGCUUGAAAUUUGUUUUCCUUUCCUUUUACAGAAUAGUUGACAGUGGUACUCUGAAGACAUUUAAAAAGUAGCUCCCAAAGUGCUCCAGGACUUGGUUAAAAACGAUAUAUUUAAAGUAACAUUAGUUUAAGGGUUCUUUUGAAACACAUUUUAUAAUCUUACUCUGCUUUGACACCUGAAAUCCGAAUUGAUUGCUAUUUCCAGAGCAGCUUAAUUAGCAAGGCCGAUUUAUUCAUUCAUUCUUCAAUAAAACACGUGCCGUACUAAA